CUGGAGACACAGAUUCUGGAACUAGAGCGGGAAAAGAGCAUAAAAGAAGGCAUAUUGACCAACACCAUCAAGAGACUAGAAGCACAGAACGAGAGUCUGAAAAAAGCGCUGGAGGAGAUGCGCGCAGGUCUUCAGCACGUGCAGCGACAGGUCUCGUCUACCAGCGGCGCUUCGCCCGGAAUAUCGCCAACUAGUGAUAGUCCAGCCACUCCGCAGUCGCAAUCCGCUCUGUCGACUCGUCGUAAAGUGACGUCUAUUACAGACGCCGAUCUGACUAAAGCAGCCUCAAUGAUGAUCAACUUCAAAAACAGUUCGCGACAUAAUAGUGUUUCGUCUGGAUCGUCUGGCAGAAGAGACCGAGAUAGCAGCAGCAGCCUGAGUCUGCAACAGAUUUCGCCUGCUCCGUCAAAUCCUUCGGACAGCUCGCGGACGUCGACUUGCGGUAUGUGUUUGAAGGAUGACUGUCUGUGUGAGACAGUUGGAAUCCGCAAAAGAGAGAAUUCGAUAAACCUUGACGAGUUUGUUCCAGCCCCCGCCGUGCCACUGAAAAGAGUCAAGGAGUCAGAGCAGGAGAUCGACUUCACCAACAGUUUCAAGCGCGCAAAGAAACUGCCUGUGCUCAAAACGACGGAGCAAAACGAUAUGCUUUUCAGAUCCCCGAAUUCUGCUUCGCUGGGCGAGGAAAACCCUGAGUAUAGUAAAUCAGCGAUUGCACCAGAGGACCAGUGUGGUUUUUGUUCCGAUGACACGCCGUGUGUCUGUCGAGAAAUUGCAAAACAAAAAGAGAUGGUUCAAAUGAAAGAUAAUCUGAUCACCAGCGAAUUAAACAAGAACGAGAAGCAUGCAGAAAAUGAUGUGGACAACGAGUCUGAAGACGAAGAGCCGGCGUGCACAGGAAACCCGGGAAAUUGUGCCCAAUGCCAGCAGGACCCUAUGUCUACGCUUUUCUGCACCACGAUAGCUCAGCAAGCCAAGCCAGAGCUCCCCACGCCGCCAACUACAGCACCAAAACUUGACUUUCCACGCCGCACAAGUAGUGUCACCUCGCUGCCUGCAUUAAACGAACUCGAGAUUAACCACCCUGGUAAGCAUUUUAUCCCUUGCGCUGAUGCUUACAAAACGCUGUCUAGACAUGUGAACUUCCAAACCGCAGGAUUCAACAACAUUAUCAGCAAUUUGAACACCAAGGGUAUGUAUGUCGAGGUUGAGAGUGUUGUGAACUGUCUGAGGGAGAUGGAUAGAAAGUUUGGUAGCAACUAG